UGAGCACCCUCCUCUUCUAGGUUUCUUCCACCAAACUCUGUUCAGAGCAGAUUGGUUUCAGGAAGUAACAUGUGCUGUUUACCCUCCCUCUCAACCUCUCCUGCCCCAACCCUCCCCUCCUGAUAGCCCAGCCAUUAGAGGAUUUAUGAACAUCUGGAAAUCUGGUGGGGCCCUAUCAUCUCUGGUCCUUGUGUAGAGUCCUGCAGGGUAUCCACUGGAGUGUGUUACAUCCUGGGAGCUUGAGAGGAACUCAGAGUGCAGGGCUGUGGCUGCUGUCUACACUCCAAGAGGCUGCUUGCCAGUAGCUACUGUACAACUCUUCCUGUUUGUCCUGCUCCAGGAACACCUCGGUCUGGGAGGCUGAAGAUGCCAUAUUCCAGCCUGCAUCCAUCCAUCCCACAUCCCAGAGGUCACCGGUCCAAACAGGCAGCCUUGGUCUUGCUGGUGGCCAGCCUAAUGAUCCUUUGGGGGUUAGGGGAUCCAAAAAACCACACACUCCAGUACCUGGUACUUCAUCUAGCCUCCCUGCAACUUGGAUUACUGUUGAAAGAGGUCUGCUGUCUGGCUGAAGAGCUGUGCCACGUCCACUCCAGGUAUCGGGGCAACUACUGGAAGGCUGCAUAUGCUUGCCUGGGCUGCCCCAUCCGCCGUAUGGCCCUGCUGCUGCUGUCCUUCUAUUUCUACUGCUUCCUCUCAACCUCUAAAGGCCUGAAUCUCAUUUGGAUGCUUGCCCUCCUGGGCCUCUCACAGUCCCUCAGCAUCCUUCUGGGCCUCCAGAACCUGGCCCCAGCGGAAAUCUCUGCUGUCUGUGAGAAAAAGAACUUCAAUGUUGCACAUGGGUUGGCCUGGUCAUACUACAUUGGGUACCUGCGACUGAUCUUGCCAGGGCUCCAGGCCCGGAUCCGAACGUUCAAUCAGCUACACAACAACAUGUUACGGGGAGCAGGGAGCCGAAGGCUGUAUAUUCUCUUCCCGUUGGACUGCGGGGUGCCUGAUGACCUGAGUGUGGCUGAUCCCAACAUUCGCUUCCGAGAAAUGCUGCCCCAGCAAAACAUGAACCGUGCUGGCAUCAAGAAUCGGGUUUAUUCCAACAGUGUCUAUGAGCUUCUGGAGAAGGGGCAGCCAGCAGGUGCCUGCAUCCUGGAGUAUGCCACCCCCUUGCAGACCUUGUUUGCCAUGUCACAGGAUGGGAAAGCUGGCUUUAGUCGGGAGGACCGGCUGGAGCAGGCCAAACUCUUCUGCCGGAUACUUGAAGACAUCCUGUCCGAUGUCCCUGAGUCUAGAAACAACUGCCGCCUCAUUGUCUACCAAGAACCCGAAGAGGGAAACAGUUUCUCGCUGUCUCAGGAGGUUCUCCGGCACAUUCGUCAGGAAGAAAGAGAGGAAGUUACCAUGAGUGGCCCCCAGACCUCAGAGGCGUCCCAUUCCUCUGUGUUAUCCCAAGAGCCGAGACUCCUCAUCAGUGACAUGGAGCAGCCUCUCCCACUCCGCACUGACCUCAUCUGAGGCGUGGGACAGCCUUGCCUGAGCGGUCUGACUGGGGCUUCCCUCAAGGGUUGGGGGCCCCACAGAAUUUCAUAUUUCCAGAUGAGUCCCACACUCCUGGGCAAGCCAUUUUACCUCUCUGAGCCUCAGUCUACUCCCCUACGUAAUGUGAUUAUAAUGGGCACCCUGCCCCGCUCAUAGGGUGUUUGUGAGGAAAAACCACGUAGGAGUUGGUAAUUGCCAGGUAUUUCCCAUGGAUGCUCCAGCAUUCUCUGUUCUGUGUUGACCUGUCUGGAUGGUACUAACAGACCAGCUUCUGGUCAUGUGUGCUCAAUUGUUCAAUGGGAGCUUCAGUAGAUGGAGGGAGGGAGGGAGGAGAGCGAGUCAGGGGUAUUUGCUCUGUUAGUUGUAUGUACUCACAGUGGAUUUCUUCCCCUUGCUCCUAGCAUUGGCAUUUGUAUGACAGUGGAGUACUUACUCUCUGUGGUCCCUUGUGGUCCUCCCCGCCCCACACCCCAAGACAGGGUUUCUCUGUGUAGCUCUGUAGACCAGGCUGGCCUCAAACUCACAAAUAUCUGCCUGCCUCUGCCUCCUGAAUGCUGGAAUUAAAGGUGUGCGCCACCACUGCCCGGCUGUGUGUGGUCCUUUUAACGACAUUGCUCGGGUUUGAGCACACUGUCUUUUUGCUGCUAGGCUGUGAUGGCUGAAAAGCACUGGAGCACAUCACUUCUGACAUCCAUGUCUGGCUGCAUCUGCACACACGGCCAGCGUUCCUCCUCAUCCAACUACAGGGCAGCAGGAGAUGGGUACCAUUUCAGUCCAGACAGCUCUCCAGCAUGCUCAGGGCACACCCCACCAUUUUUUUUCAGUGGCCUUGCCUCUAGUGGCAGGCAGAAGGCUUAGGACCCGGGUGGAGUGGAGCUAACACACAGACACCACACAUGGUACAUACCUGUGUCUCAGGGAAGGGGCCAUUCAAAGAAGCAGAGGCCGGCCAUGAGAGUUGUGAAGGGAUCAGGGAUAAAGAGUAUGUGAGUAGAUAGGACGUUCCCUGGAACACUGGGCGACAUGGCCAGUCACCCAGUCCACCUUAGGCCAUUGUAACAACAUUGUGGUGGCACUGUCACCCUCAUCAGGGAGGGCAGACAGUCCUUCCUACCAGCCCCAUCCAAACUUUACACUCAGCCUCCCUCUGUUUUUCUUUCCUUCAUUGGGGCUCAGGGUACCAUUAUGUAUUUCUUUUUUGUUUGUUUUAUAUGUAUGUGUUUUCUGUAGGAUCAAAUUUGUGAGCUUGUUCACAUAUGCAAGUGCUCUACCACUGAGCUACGCCCUCAGCCCUCAUUCUAUGUUUCUGAAGUGUCACUUUGGAGGAAACACACACACACACACACACACACACACACACACACACACACAUACGUCAGAGCAAGCCAUUUGCUCUAAGAAUAGCACAGCUGGAAGAAUCCAGUGGUGGGCAGUCCCUUCUCUUUUUGACUGUCACAGCCAUCUUGCCCCCAACACUGAGGAGGCUCUAUCACACCCAACACCCCUUCUCCUCCAGCCACUGGUCCAGAACCAAGGACAUCCCCAGCAAGGACCAGUACCCAGGAUGGUUCCUAGGCUGUGGAGCCAGUGAAAUUCAAGUUCAAAUCCUAACUCAAUUGCUUGGUACCCACCAUGGUGUCUUUUUUUUUUUUUUUUUUUUUUUUUUAAUAGAGGUUCUCUGUGUAGCCCUGGUUGUUCUGAAACUUGUUCUGUAGAUCAGGCAAACUCAACAAGAUCUGUCUGCCUCUACCUCCCAAGUGCUGGAGUUAAAGACAUGCACCACCACUGCCUAGUUCGCAG